AUGAAACUUCUCUUGAAGACGCCGUCUCGAGCGAUGCCAUUAUAUGAAGCAGAUGACUCGGGAAUGGCAAUCAAGCCUAACAAGCGAAGCACCGUCGCACAUGUAGACAGGAUAAAUUUUCAUCAGGCCAGGGCGGCUCAGAAAUUCCUUUCAACUCAACAUCUCACUUUUCUCAAUGAAAAGUACCUGACGACAUUCGAGCGUAACUUGCAACAGCUAGGGUCGCACGACACAGAUACCUGGGUGGAAUAUCCUGACUUGUACGCCUUUCUGCAGACGAACAUUACACGAACAUCCGUGGAGGUCUUGAUGGGCUCCAAGGUGUUGGAAAUGAACCCAACUUUGAUUGAAGACUUUUGGGAGUUUGAUAUGGCCGUGCCUUGGCUCUUUCGCGGGUGGCCACGCUGGUUUCUCCCACGUGCCUAUUCAGCACGGGACAGGGUUCUUGAUGCUAUCAAAAAGUGGCACGCUCACGCCCAUGCACAGUCCGACUGCACCAAGCUAAUGGACGACGAUCCUGAGUGGGAACCUUACUUUGGCAGCAAGCUUCUCAGAGCGCGGCAGGAAUAUGCCCUCAAGAUGAAACUCAUGGAUGCAGACGCCCGUGCCUCUGAAGAUCUUGGACUCUUGAUGGCGUAA